UGCCUAAUUGGUCGUUAAACCAUGCAGCCCAUUUUGUUUGUGGAUGACUCAUGACUUACAGUAUAGUAGUUGUCCAUGGGCGUGGUCAACACUCAACAUCUCCUUGAACUGGAAAAUGAAAAAUGAGAGAGAGUGAUGGGAACCGUGGCCAUUAUUUUUCCUAAGAACUCAACAGCAUCAGACCUAUAACUGGUGUUCUUAAUGCUUCCUGCGUAAACAGUACUGUGCAAAUAGAUAAAUAAAAGUGUUGUAAGGUGUAUCGAGUUUUUGAAGAAUGGAUUGGCACGUCCAUAGCGAACUCCCCAUGGUGCUUGCAUGCAUAGGGACCGUCAUCUCUUUGUUGCUGACAGCCGCUUUGCCACCAUCCCUCUCCCAAUCACCACCUUCCAAUCACUCCCUCUGUAAGCAUCCAUGUGAGUGUGGCGAAUACAAAUUAUACUACCCUUUCUGGGGGGAAGACAGACCAGUCCAGUGUGGCGGCGACAAAAAACUCAAGCUUUCAUGCGGGACGGAGAAUGGUGAAUACGGCGAGGAGAUCGAUUACGCUUAUAUUGAAACGGACUCAUAACGUUUCAAAGUGGUGGGAAAUGAUGACCCCCUAUAUACUACUUUUACAUUGGUGCCCUUGCGAGUCCCUGACGAAGAACAUGAUGUUUGCUCUAUAAAUUUCAAUUAUUCUCUGAAAUACCUUCCAUUCACCUAUAACCAAAUAGUGCACAACAUCACCAUAUUCUAUGAUUGCAUCUCCCCGUAUCGGGAUUAUCAUAUCCUAGGGUGCGGUAGUGAUAGUCGUGGUGGUGGUGGUGGUCAUGUUAUGUAUUAUAAUGGUACGGAAAAAGAGGUGCUGGCAAGUCAUCAAGAGCUUAUGGAUUGCCAUCAUCCUAUCCAAGUGGCCGCUGAGGCCGUUGUGGUGAACGGCGUCAGAGUUGAUGAUGCUUUUGCUCUAUAUUUCGGUAAAGGUGUGUCGGUGAACUAUACUUAUUCUCAAGAUUGUAUGAGAUGCGUGGAGAGUAAAGGAAGUUGCGGGAGCAACGAUACGCAUCCAUUUACCUGCUACUGUCCUAAUGGAUCUAUUGCCCUCCCAUGUUCUCAUCUCAUUCCUGCUCCUGAUCCUCCUCCUGGUUCUCGUCCCGAUUAUCGUUCUCAAGAAAAGAGUAAUGGCUGGACCUGGCAAAAGAAAGUCAUUAUUGGUGCUACAGCAGCUGCAGUAAUUGCAGGAUUGUUGAGUAUUUGAUAUUUUACCUACAUGUCACCAGCAUCACGAGAAAAAUACUGCUUUACAAAGAGUAACCAAGAUAUUGAAACUUUCUUAAAAAAUCAUGGAGUGUUAACUAUAAAAAGAUAUAAAUUCUCUGAUGUGAAGAAAAUGACCAACUCCUUCAAAGUUAAACUAGGACAAGGUGGUUUUGGUGUUGUAUAUAUACAAGGGAAAGUUAUCCAAUGAUUUCAAUGUGGCAGUCAAAAUCUUGAAUCCAUCCAAAGGAAAUGGUGAAGAAUUUAUUAACGAGGUAGCUAGCAUUAGUAGAACUGCUCAUGUUAACGUUGUCGCCCCUCUUGGAUUUUGCUUAGAAGGUCACAAGAAAGUUCUCAUCUAUGAAUUUAUGUCCAAUGGUUCCCUUGACAAUUUUAUUUACAAAAAGAACCCUAACAAUACACCACUCUUGAGUUGGGAUAAUUUGUAUCAAAUUUUGAUAGGGAUUGCUAGAGGAUUGGAGUAUUUGCAUAGAGGAUGCAACAUUCUUAUUUUACAUUUUGACAUAAAGUCAUAUAAUAUUCUUUUGGAUGAAAACUUUUGUUAAGGAAUCAGGCUCACAUACGUUUAUGUGUG